GUCACCGUAUCUCCCAGUGUUGCCUUGAAAACCGAUUCCCGACAAGACCGAGGCAGCCAUGAGCGCGAUGGAACCCGCCAGGGCUCCCGGAGGUCGCAAGAAAUCUACAAGGUCAAAAUCGGGGUGUCGGACUUGCAGAAUUCGACGCAUUAAAUGCGAUGAAGGACGCCCUGGGUGCCUACGCUGCUCUAGCACCGGUCGCGCCUGUGACGGAUAUGGCAUCUGGGAUUCGAGACAUCCGCUUCCCUCCACAACUAGAAGCCUUUCUCAGCACAUGACGCCCUCAUGCUCAUUUUCCCGGAACAAAAUUACGCAGUCAUACUUCGCUUGGUUUAUAACCAGGGCAAGGAAGAAGAUCCCCGGUAUAUUUGCGUCUGACUUCUGGAAUACGCUCGUUCUUCAGGUCAGCGCCCAAGAAGACGCAGUUCUGCACUCUCUGCUAGCACUGGCCUCCGCUCAUAAACGGGGGAUGCUCUCGCCCCAUGACGGAAGUUCGGAGCCUGGUAUAUCUGACGAUGAGAGCUUUAUGUUGCAGCAUUACAACGCGGCGAUUAUGCAGCUCCAACACCACCUGGCUAUUGGAGAUAAGGAAUCAGUCCGAGUGGUGACCAUCUCAUGUCUGAUCUUUAUCUGUCUUGAGUUUCUGCGAGGAAACAUUAAGACAGGCGUCAGACACCUUCAGAAUGGCCUAAGCUUGCUUCCUCUUCUCAGCUCGCAGUCCCAAGUCGAGAGUGGUAUUGUUGUGCUCAAGUUCCAUAACGAGUCAGUGGAAGAUACCGUCACAGAAGCAUUCCUCCGUUUGUACCUCUAUUCAGCUAGCUUCCACCGGCUCCCCCAUAAGGUGUCUAUUGACGCUCAGGAUUGUGCAUUUAGUCAUCGAAAUUGUGCCUUUCCUACCAUAACUAUCGCAAGGCAGCACCUCGACGAACUUGUCAAUAGGGUAUACCGACUCGAUGCGUAUGCUCGCCAUUUACAGACAACUGCUCAAUCAAUCACGAAUACAAUGUUGCAGGAGAAGGGACACAUCCAGAAAGACCUCGACUGUUGGUUGAGGCUCUAUAAACACUCAUAUACCAAGCUUUCAAACGAUAGUCCUGUGAAAACGCUACCGCUUACCCUUCUCCGUAUCCACCAUACCAUGACACAUGUGAUGGCUGGGACCUGUCUCGACCCCAACGAUGAACUGAGUUACGAUCUCUUUAACGCGGGCUUUUUCUCUAUUGUUACCCUUGCCGAGCAUCUCUUGCAGGCUGCCGAAUCCAUGAUGGCUGCAGAUCUUUUAUCUGGAGCUUGCAGUGAAAGGUUCAGCUUCAGUGCGGACAUGGGUAUAAUACUACCUCUAUAUUACACAAUCCUGAAAUGCCGAUGUCCAAAGAUUCGACGAUGUGCUCUCAAGUUGCUUAUUACCGUGUCACACCAGGAGGGCAUAUGGAACGGGCCCUUAGCUGCAACCAUUGCUUGCAGGGUCAUUGAAAUCGAGGAGAGCGGGUUCUACGAGUGCUCCCCUCUUGAAGAGUGGGCUCUUAGUACUUAUGUAGACGUCCCUAUUCCAACACUACCAGAGUCACAUAGAAUCAGUGAUGUGUAUUUAGAGCCAUUUGACAGCUCAACCAAAGACCUGACAUGGGUCUAUAAACGGAUACAGGGAAAUGGAGACACGUUAAUAUUACAGGAAAAGACAUCAUCUUUUGAAACUCCACUUAGGUAG